UUUCCCUCUGACCACACAAGAAAUGUAAUUACUAACUUUAGUUAAAGACUCUAUACCAGUGCACAUAAUUACCAACCUUGGGUAAAGACCCUAUAUCACCACAUAUAAUUACUAACCUUAGCUACAGACCCAGUACUAAUGCACAUAAAUAGCAACUUUAGCUAAAGACCAUAUACCAGAAAAUAUCAUUGCCAACUACCAAUCUGUUGCCAACCAACGGUCAUGAAGCAAAGUGUGUUUGCGUUCCUGCUGCUCUCAGGACUCUGUGCACUGCGGUACGGCCACUCUCAGCAGUAUCACUUUGAGAAAACCCCAAAGAACUGGACCGAAGCACAAAGCUUCUGCAGAGAGAACUACACCGACCUGCUGACCAUAGACAACCAAACGGACGCACAGGGGAUUCUGAACCAAGCACAGAGGACUAUGAACCAAACACAGAGUGGUGAUACGGAUGCUUGGAUAGGACUGCAAAGACGCUGGCGGUGGUCUCUGGCAGACAGAGGUCUCUACUCUGCGAAAGAAAAAAAAUUUUUUAAUUGGGCAAGCGGGGAACCAAACAAUCAUAAUGGAAAUGAGAGCUGUGCAACAAUGAGGAAAGAUGGGGGGUUUCAUGAUUUUUCCUGCGACAAUCCCUUCUACUUUAUCUGCUAUAAUGAAAGCUCCGCUGACAAGUACAUCCUGAUUAGAGAAAAUAAGACUUGGGAAGAUGCUCGGUGCUUCUGCCGAAAAAAACAUACAGAUCUGGUUAAUAUAAAGAACCAAAAUGAAAACGAGGCUAUAAAAGGAAAACUGAAUGAUAAUUCGCAGGAUUGGUGGAUUGGUCUGUCCAAAGACUGGAAGUGGUCAGACCUGAGCGAAUCCUCAUACCGCAACUGGAGCACAGAAAGUGAUGGCAAUGAUUUGAACUGUGCUGCUGUACUGCUCUCCUCGGGAAAAUGGACGAAACAAAAAUGCGAUACGGAAAAGCCUUUCUUCUGCUACGAAGAUAACCUCAUCCUGGUGCAAGAAAAUAAGACCUGGGAUGAUGCCCUGGAACACUGCAGGAGGUACCAUGACGACCUGGUCUCCGUUUCCACGGAGACCGUGGAGCACUGGGUGAAGAGGCGGGCUCGGAAUGCCACCACGGCUCACGUGUGGCUGGGCGUCCGGUACUCCUGUGCCCUGCAGGUCUGGCACUGGGUCAGCGGGGACGUGUUGUGCCACCCGAGCUGGGCCUCGGAGGACCGGGGGCGCGAGUGCGGGCGCACGGGGGCAAUAGAAUCCGGAGGCGGGCAAAGGCAGGUCAGUCUGCCUAAAACAGAGAGGCUCAACUUCAUCUGCAGCAAGCGUCUAGGAUGACUGCGAUUAGUGUGUAAGUAUAUAAAAAUGCCCUUACAGAUGAGAGUGUGCACUUCAACCACAUGAGAAUUGUCUGAUUACAAAUAUAAAAUUGUGCUGUACGGGGCCAAAUCAAGAAGAAAAAAAAAGUCUUUGUCCGAAACAUUAUGGAGCUCACUUUACAUCCAUAAUACUAUAGCAACACACACCCUGUACAUGCAUAUAUACACUCCAGAUAAUAAUAAAGCAACACACAGCAUAUAUACACUCUAUAUAAUACUAUAGCAACACACACCCUGUACACACAUAUAUACACUCUGUACAUACAUAAUACCACGGCAACACACACCCUGUACACACCCAUAUACACUCUGUACAUCCAUAAUACCAUAGAAACACACACCCCUAUAUACACCCUGUACACCCCUAAACACACCCUGUACACACCUAAACACACCCUGUACACACCUAUAUACACUCUGUACAUCCAUAAUACCAUAGAAACACACACCCCUAUAUACACCCUGUACACCCCUAAACACACCCUGUACACACCUAUAUACACUCUGUACAUCCAUAAUACCAUAGAAACACAAACCCUAUAUACACCUUGUACACCCCUAAACACACCCUGUACACACCUAUAUACACUCUGUAUAAUACUAUAGCAACACACACCCUGUACACACCUAUAUACACUCUGUAUAAUACUAUAGCAACACACACCCUGUACACACCUAUAUACACCCUGUACACCCCUAAACACACCCUGUACACACCUAAACACACCCUGUACACACCUAUAUACACCCUGUACACCCCUAAACACACCCUGUACACACCUAUAUACACUCUGUAUAAUACUAUUGCAACACCUACUUUCAUUUGUCAUGCACUUUAACUAAUCUGUUCUUCUCAAACAUUCUCAAUUAUUAGCAUGGAUACUUUAGCACCUCUCACUGUCUGGUCGAUUAUUAAGCUUUCAGAAUAAUUGUUGCAUAUUAUAAAUUAUUUAUGUGUAUUAUUUAUUUGUAAACUCCUCAAAUAUUUACAACGUUUGUUCUUGAAACACACCAAUUGCCCCUGUUUCUGUUAUUUUAAAUAGCUUUGGUGUGACAAGGGUUUCGGGUUCUUCCUCAGUGUGUAGAUUCUGCAAUAAAUGACAACAUGAACUGUGA